AUGGAAUCAUGUGAAUAUCAAAUUGUGGGUUCAGGCCAAACCCAUUCUGAUGAAGGUGACGUGAAGAUGACGUCAAAAUGGGCCAAAUUUCGAUUGUUAAUGUGGAAGAACUACUUGCUUCAAUAUCGUCAUCCGUUUCAAACAAUUCUCGAAAUCGCUAUACCAGUAUUAUUCUCCGCAUUAUUGGUGCUUGUAAGAAGUUUAGUUUCACCUGAUAUAAUCUCAAAUUCAACCAUUUAUUCACCAUUACCACUGAACGAUAUUAGAGACACGCUCGAUGCCAGAGGACAGCUUUUGUUUAAAGUGUUGUCAUUCAAUAAGAACAUAAAUAUUUCAAAGUAUACAAACUUUUCAAACGAAAUCGUCUACUCGCCUAAGAACAAUGAACUUGAAACUUUGAUGAACCAUGUUGGCGACUUUGUAAAGCCUUUACUCAAAAUCUCAUCUGUGCCUUUGUCCGAUGAUCUUGCUCCUUAUCUUCGCCAGCAAAAUGCUUUUGUUGGAAUUGAAUUUCCAGACUCGUACCAAAAUAUAACAGAACUACCAGAUGAUCUCGACUAUAGCGUUAGAUAUCCUGGCGAAUUAAGGAGAACCAACAAUGCAAUUAAUCCUCUAUUUCUUAAUUGGAGAACUGACUUCCUUUUUCCACUAUUUCAACCUGGCGGAUCUAGAAACUACAAAGAUGAUCAUGAUGGAAUUCCUUCCGGAUACUACAUUGAAGGAUUCCUGUUUCUUCAGCAAUUCAUUUUUAAAUCAUUCAUGAUGAUGAAGAAUAGUCUGAAUAUUGACUUAGAUCAAGUGCCUAAAAUCAACAUUAGGAGAUUUCCAUACCCACCGUUCGUCUUGGAUAUUCUCUUGCAAGGACUUCAAGCUCUAGUUCCGUUGUUUAUUCUACUAAGUUUCGUAUAUCCAUGCAUCAACAUAAUAAAAUAUAUAACGACCGAAAAGGAGAAGCAACUGAAAGAAGCUAUGAAAAUAAUGGGAUUGGAUUCGUGGCUACAUUGGGUCGCAUGGUUUGCAAAAUGUUUCGUCUACAUGCUUAUAACGGUGACCUUGAUGGCUAUCUUGUUAAAAGUUCAAUGGUACGGAAAGGACAAUCCAAAUUCAGUAUUUACACACAGCUCAGGAACAGUUUUGUGGUUUUUCUUGCUGAUAUACAGCAUAACAACUAUAAUGUUUUGUUUCAUGUUAAGUGUAUUUUUCUCGAAAGCAUCAACUGCUGCCGCAGUAGCAGGUCUAGUUUGGUUCUUGAUAUAUGCUCCAUAUACACUAGUUCAACAGCGAUAUGACAGCAUUACAUUAACAGCAAAGCUGUUUAUGAGUUUUUUGUCAAACACAGCAAUGUCUCUUGGAUUUAAUGUUAUUUUACGAUACGAAGGAUCUCAGGAAGGAAUACAAUGGAACAAUAUUUUCCAGCCUGUUUCUAUUGACGAUAAUUUACAUCUCGGUCAUGUAAUAAUUAUGUUAUUAGUCGAUGCUGUCAUUUAUCUUCUUAUUGCAUUGUAUGUUGAGAAAAUAUUUCCUGGCGAUUAUGGCGUGGCAGAACCUUGGAAUUUUCCAUUUACUACGAAGUUCUGGCUCAAAGUCCCUGAAUAUAUUGGAAUUCAAGACAUUAAUGGAAAUGGCGCUCAUCAUGUGAAUCCAAACUAUGAGAAUGAACCAAAAAAUAAAUCGGCAGGCAUAAGAAUUCAGAAUCUCAGGAAAGUUUUCGAUAAAAAUAAAGUAGCAGUUGAAGGAUUAAAUCUUAAUAUGUAUGAAGAUCAAAUAACAGUGUUACUUGGACAUAAUGGUGCUGGAAAAACAACAACUAUGUCAAUGUUGACAGGCAUGAUUCCACCAAGCUCAGGAACGGCUAUUGUAAAUGGAAAGGAUAUAAGACGAGACAUAAAUUUCAUUCGUUCAUCUAUAGGAUUUUGUCCACAGCACAAUAUUUUAUUUGAGGAUCUCACAGUAAGAGAGCACAUAAUAUUUUAUAGUUUAUUGAAAGGAUUACCUAAAGAAGAUGUCGACCGAGAGGUUGACAAGUAUGUCAAGCUAUUAAAACUCGAAAAUAAAAGAGACCUUCAAGCUCGUGGACUUUCUGGUGGCAUGAAGAGAAAACUAUCUGUUGGCAUAGCACUUUGUGCCAACUCAAAGACAGUAUUAUUCGAUGAACCAAGCAGUGGAGUUGACCCGGGAGCACGAAGAGAUUUGUGGGAUUUAUUGCAGCAAGAAAAAGGAGGCCGAACAAUUUUAUUAUCGACUCACUUCAUGCUAGAAGCUGAUGUUCUGGGAGAUCGAAUUGCAAUCAUGUCUAAUGGAAAAUUGAAAGCUGUUGGAUCUCCUUUCUUCUUAAAGAAACAUUUUGGUGUUGGAUAUCAUUUAGUGUGUGCAAAGAAAGAUGCUGGAACUGAUUCAAACAAGGUUACGCAGCUUUUACAAAAGUAUAUUCCGGAUGUAAAGAAGGAAGGAGAAAUUGGGACCGAACUAUCAUAUCUUUUGGACGAUCGCAAUGUCUUGGUUUUUCAAAAUAUGCUGCAAGAGUUAGAGACAAAUUCUGAGGAACUGAAUAUUGAGAGUUAUGGAAUCUCAUUAACAACAUUAGAGGAAGUGUUUUUGAAGGUUGGAACUGACAGUCCAAGUGACGAAAACGGAGAAGCUAAAGCAUCGCCAGCAAAAAUAAAUGACAAUCAAAAUGGACAUGUGAGCACAGUAGAAGAAGGCACCAAUUUCUAUAAUUACUCUGACACGCUAACUUUACUAAAAGGACCGAGCUUGUAUAUAAACCAGUUUUUGGCACUACUAGAAAAGAAAAUACUUCACACAUGGAGGAAUCUCAUUUUAUUUAUCAUACAGAUUCUCAUUCCUAUAAGUUACGUGACUAUAACAAUCGUAAUUGUUCGCUCAUGGGGUGGAAACAAGGACUUACCUAGUCUUGAAUUAUCGCUUAAUACUUAUCAGCCGACUCACACGACAAUUCAAUUUGAUCCUAAAGUUUGGGCUGAUUCGAUUGAGAACAAAAUUUUUGAGAAUUAUCGUCAACAGUUUAUUGAUCUUUCAAAUGAUUCUAAAACAUGGGAAGUAAUUACGGGCGACAUGAAUGAGCAUUACUUGGAAAAGACUAAAAAGUUCCUUAUUCGCAUGAAUAAGCGAAACUUGUUUGGCGCAACUAUCGAAAAACCAAACAUCACCGUAUGGUUCAAUAAUCAACCGUAUCAUACAAGUCCUAUAAGUUUGGGUCUUGUUCAUAAUGCAAUUUUGAGGACAGUCUGUGGAAAAAAUUGCAGCAUUACUGUGUCUAAUAAACCACUACCAUAUCGAGCAGAGUCUAGGAUGAUGAUGCUUCAGGCAGGAAAUAACCUAGGAUUCCAACUCUCAUUCAACAUUGGGUUUGCAAUGGCAUUUGUGGCUUCAUUCUUCAUAAUUGUCUACAUUAAGGAACGUGUCACUAAGUCAAAGCAUCUCCAAUACGUAAGCGGAGUCAGUUCAGUCACAUACUGGACAAGUGCAUUUGUUUGGGAUUUCUUGUUAUUCUUGCUGAUAGCACUGCUGACAACUGGAACAAUUGGAAUUUUCCAGGAAAGUGGAUAUAGCACGUUUAGGCAGUUAGGAAGAAUUUAUUUCCUUCUCAUAAUGUUUGGAUUUGCAGUACUGCCAUUCCUCUACAUUGCUGCUUUCAUGUUCCAAGGACCUGCAUCUGGAUUCAUAAAAAUGUCAAUUUUCUUCAUCUUCUUUGGAACUGCUAUGUAUACAGUUGUGUUUUCAAUGAGAUUUGAGGGAUUCAACUUGAAGCACGUGGCAGACACUCUGACAUGGAUUUUCUUAGUGAUCCCACACUUUUCUUUAAGUAACGGACUGAGUAACAUGAAUUUAAUUAACGUGUUUGCAGAAGUUUGUGAUCAGCAGUGUAAAUUACUUGGAAUUUGUGAGAAGGAGAAACAGUGUGCUAUUAAUCCUAGAUGUUGUAACCUUGAUUAUUUCGCAUGGGAAGAACCUGGAAUUUUGAGAAACAUUGUUUACUUCAUAGUCGUUGGAAUUGCAGCAUUUGCUGUUUUAUUCCUGAUUGAGUUUAGAGUAUUUGAAGUACUUUACUACUAUAUUCGAAUGAUGUAUCGCACUAUUGUUGGACUUGUUGCUCCAAACUUGCUAAAACGACCACCGAAUUUUGGUGAAACAGAAAAUGACGAUGAAGAUGUACAACACGAAAAAGAACGUUUAAACAGCAUGUUGACUUCGGAUUAUGAAAACUAUAAUUUAGUCAUGAAGAAUAUGUCAAAGUACUACAAAGAUCUUCUUGCCGUAAAUCAAUUAUGUAUUGGUAUUCAGUCAUACGAGUGUUUUGGUCUAUUAGGUGUGAAUGGCGCCGGCAAAACAUCAACAUUCAAAAUGUUAACUGGUGACACGAAAAUAUCAAAUGGUGAAGCUUUCGUACAAGGAAUCAGUUUAAAGAUGAAUAUGAAGGAAGUUCAUAAACGUAUUGGAUACUGUCCACAAUUUGAUGCAUUGAUUGAUGAUCUAACAGGACGGGAAACAUUGAAGCUUUUUGCAUUGUCACGUGGUAUUCCAACGAACAAAUUAAGUGAUGUCAUUGCUAAACUUUCAGGUGAUCUCAACUUCACACAACAUCUUGACAAGCAAGUCAAAGCUUACAGCGGUGGAAAUAAGAGAAAGUUGAGCACAGCAGUUUCUCUUCUUGGAAAUCCUGUCAUUGUUUAUUUGGAUGAACCGACAACAGGUAUGGAUGUUGGAGCCAAACGCAAUCUUUGGGAUGUUAUGUGUAACGUGAGAAAUGCUGGAAAAACAAUAGUUUUAACAAGCCACAGUAUGGAAGAGUGUGAAGCACUAUGCACAAGACUGGCAAUUAUGGUCAAUGGUCAAUUUAAGUGCCUUGGAUCAACACAACAUUUAAAAUCAAAAUUCGGAAACGGCUUUGUCUUAACAAUUAAAGUCAAACGUUUUUAUAAUGAGCAAAAUAAUAAUAAUGAUACUAAUGAGGAGAUUGCAAGAUCGGAAUCAACAGAAAUGAUAAAUGAAAGGAAUGCAGUCAAAGAUUUUGUAGAGCAGGAAUUCAGUGGAGCUGUUCUAAAAGAGGAAUAUUAUGACAUGCUAACGUUCCAUGUGCCAGCUCAUGACAUAAAAUGGUCUCAAAUAUUUGGCACACUUGAGAGUGCCAAGAAGCAACUAAGUAUUGAAGACUACUCGAUAGCACAGUCGACACUAGAACAAGUUUUCUUACUUUUCACAAAGUAUCAGCGAGAAAGUGAUGAUUAG